ACACUUCGAGAAAACAUUAAACACAGUGAAAAUACAGAGACAACACAACACCAUCACAAAAAAACUAAAUACAAUUCCAAAUCGAAAAAAGAGAAAAACUAAGACAAAGAGAUUUUUAUGCUGUCAUUGGUUUCUUGAAAACAUGUCAUUGUUAGGAAAGAGAGGCAGAGAAUUAAAGCUGUUAAUGUCAUGCCCUUCACUCUCAAAUUCAAAAAUAAUUCAAUUUAUUACUUAUGAUGAUAAAAAAAUCGACCUUGGUUCCAUAGCUAGAAAUUUUGGGUUAGACCCAUCAACGUUGAGGUUGAAUGGUUACUUUAUAAGUAGAGGGGUUGACCUAAUUUCUUCCUCUGUUACUUGGAACUCUCUUCUCUCUUUCUUCUCUUCUAAAGGUUUGUCUACUGGAAAAGAUUACCAUGAUGCUCUUCUUGUCACUGCCAAAGUUGGGAACAAGCCUGCAUGUGCUUUUGCAGGAGGACAUGAGUCACAAGAUUUUCAAAAUGGGAUUUGCAAGGUGAUAGAAAGUGAGUAUGCUGGUAGCUGUAGAGGGAAUGAACUUGACGAUAUCAACUUGUUGAAGAAUAAAAAGUUGAGAGAGAGCAAAUCAGGUGAGAUUCUGAAUGGCCUAAACUGCAAGAGAAAGCAACAAUUUGAAGAUGUCAACCAAUUCAAGAAGUCAAAAAUAAACGAAGACAAGUCAGGCAUUUCACACAGCCAGUUUACAUGUAGUGUCACGAGUAAGAAUCUGAAGCGAUUCAGAGAAGAUGACACAAUUGUAGCAGCUAAUUACAAAAGGAUUAGAUAAAAUCUCACUUAGGAAAAAAAAAUAGAAGUAUAGAUUUUUUACAUGUCCUUUGCACGCUCUUAAACCUUUUGUAUUAUGUACUAUUGAAAUGUCAAAGAAAUCAUAGAUUUUGAGGUGCCUCAGGAAAUUAAGUCAAAAGUUGCAAUUUCUA